UGUACUAAAACAUAUUUGCGAUACAAAAUUAACAAAAAAAUCUUGAUGAUUCAUCAGUUAUAACGUAUCACGAUACUGAACUAAUAAAUAAACAUGUCAGAAAAAAUCAAAUCUUUCUUUCAAAAGAAAAAGGCAGAUGUAAAAUUUAUGAAUGCAGGAAAAGGAUACAAGUUAACAGAUUCAAGUAAUAUUGGUACAUCUGUUCGGAUAGUAGAACCCAUAAAAAGAGUAGAACCUACAAAUGAAGCUAAAACAGCUGGUCAAGCAGCUUUGGCCAGAUUACAAGCAAAAGAGAGUAACACAGGAGCUAAAUUUAAUACGUCAUAUGCAGCUAUUAAAGCACAGGUGAAACGAGAAUUGGAUAAAGAAAAGAAAGCACAGGAGGAAAUACAAAAAAAUAAGACACAACCAAAAGAAGAAACUAAAGAUACAGUCAAAGAUAGUUCGUUGUUAGCUGUUUCUAAUGUAUAUUUCCAAUGCCCGUAUUUAUCAAAUGAAGUAUUAUCACAAGAAGAGUGGAAGAAAAAGAUUAGAGAAUUUUUGUAUGAACAAUUACAAGGAGAAGAACCAGGGCUAACAGCUUGCUUAAUUAUUCAGAAUUGCAAUACUGGUAAAGAAAAAAUUGACAGCUGUAUUGAAACACUUGGAAAAUAUUUAGAUAAUAUUAUAAAAAAUCCAGAAGAAGAAAAAUACAGAAAAAUUAGAAUACAUAAUCGAAUAUUCCAAGAUAAAGUACUACCAAUGGAAGGUGCUGUAGAUUUUUUAAAUGCUGCUGGUUUUUGGCCGAAAAAAAUGCAACAUAAUGAAGUAGAAGAAGAUUUCUUAGUUUGGAGUCCAGAAAACUGUAAUCUUGAAAAUGUUGAAAAACUAGCUGAUGCACUGAAAAGUGUAGAAACCAUUCCACUUGAAUUGGAUAGAAAUCUUCAAGUUUUAUUACCUACACAAGCAAGUAAGAGGACCGAACUUCCACCAAAUUUCUACAAUCUAACUCCCGAGGAAAUAAAAAGAGAGCAGCAACUUCGAACUGAAGCUGUUGAAAAAGACCAAAUGUUGAGAACAAAAGCUAUGAGAGAAAGAGACGAAAAACAGAGGCUCAGAAAGUAUAAGUAUUCGUUGAUUCGUAUAAAGUUUCCAGAUGAUCUUAUCCUUCAAGGGACGUUCUUAGUCCACGAAAAAUUUCGGAAUGUAGUUAACUAUGUUAGCGAGAAUUUGAUAAAAGCAAACAGACCAUUCUGUUUAAAAAAGUUAGCUGGACCAACGUUUAAUGAAGAUUCCUUUGAUAAAACAUUACUGGAAUUAGAAUUAUUUCCUGCUGCUCUUCUGGUAUUUUUCUGGCAGCAUUCAGCAGAUACCGAAUCCGCAGGGUAUUUGAAAGAAGAAUUACUAGCACUUAUUCAGCCUGUUUGAAAUUACUUUUCGUGCGAAUUGUAGUUUUUAAUCUAUUUAAAUCAUGAUUAUACAUAUUAAAUGGGAUAAAAGAGAAGGAAUUUUAUAGCGGAAUAUAUUUUUUGUUUAAUAAUCGACUUUAUAUAAUAUCUAAAUGCUGUUAAAUGGUAAUAAUCAUUUUAAAUAUCAAUCAGGUAUCAAUCGGGUAUAAAAUUUAAAAAAUGGAUGAUAAAAGAUACAAGAUUUUAGAAUUCUUAAAAUACUUCCAAUAUUUGUAAGUGUUACAUUAUUUACUGUUGUUUGAGAUAUAUUUCAAGCAUUUAUUUUAAAAAGAGCUUUACAUGUUCUUGGUUAAAUUGCAAUGAAUUUAUUGACAGAUAACAAUUUUAUAUUCUACAAUAGUUUUUUUUAGAUUUAUUGUAGAUUUUACAAUAUGAAAAUCAUUGUGGGUUAAUAAUCUUUUAAAUAUUUUUUCAUGCAUAUUUAUUAGAUUUAUUGAAAAGAUAAAAAUCAUGUGAAUAGUUUAAGAUAAUAUUGUUUACCUGUAUUUAUGCUUAAAUAAUAAAGUUAAUAUUGUGGCUUUA